GAGGUCCACAACGCGGCUGAAUGUGACCUGGCUGUCACACAGUCUUCAGACAGAGUUCGAUUCGGAUCGCCAUCGUCCUCGUCCUGGUCGGGGUCCUGGUGUGGUCGUCGUCCUGCCGUCGGUCUCGUGGUCCAGCUCUGUCUGAAUGUUGUCGUCCCCACAUUAUAAGUUUUUAAUUGGUUUAUUCAAAGUUUUUGCUUCCGUUUCUGGUUUUAUUUUUUUCGGGGCGUGUGUUGCUCAGAAAAUCGUAUCGCGUAGUGCAUAAUAAUCAAGCUAUAUCUGUUAUCUGUGUACCUUAUUUGUGAUAUCCUAACCAACAACAACAAAAUAUAUUACUUAACAAAUUUUGUUGCCUAAUACGAGAAAUAUUUUAAGCCAUAAUAACUAACAACAAGUGUGCUACGAUUCAACGGAAAGACGCUUACAUAAUCGGGCAAAACGUCGAAAUGGAUUACGUAACACUUUGGCAGCAUGCACUGUGAAUGAAAAUGUAACAACUUACCGGCGGCAAAAGUAACGAAGGACAAGCUAAAAAUCAAAAUUAGAUGGCGGCCAACUGAAGAGACCCCGCUGAGCGAAACGAACCAACCCGAAAAUAGAGCCAUCAAAUUUGUGCCGGCUUCACGGAAAUUAACCGCCGCCGAUUCGCCACGCUUAUAUACACGGCAAUCCGCCGUGAAGUUGGCAACAAAAAUCCGAAUAUAUUUAUGCGCACAAGUGAUAACAGCGGAAAAGCCAUCGAAGCACGACAGACGCUGACUUAGGCGGCGGACUCAGCGAUCCAGAUCCCGAGGGGCGGACGAGUUCAGGGAGAAACACCCGGCGAGGAGAAGGUUCUAGGACAGCAGCAGCAUGAAGGGUUUGACGGCGUUUAAGGAGAAGGCCACGGGCGUGUUUGGCGGCCUAAAACCGACCAUGGAGAAGUUCGAGAUCUCGCAGAGCUACCAUGGCGGUCACGGCGGCUAUGAGGAGAUGGAGGGGGGCGAGCGGGAAGGCCGUGGUCCAGGGGGCGGUCACGCCUACGAUGACGACGACGACCGGCCGGACUCGCCCGCCUCCUUCGAGGAGAUCGAACGGCCGCCGCUGCGGAAGAUCGACAAGUACUGCAAGGCGGAGUGUCCUUGUAUGCCGGCCCGGUACACCAUCGCCACCAUGGCCUGUGUGGGCUUCAUGAUUGCCUUUGGAAUGCGUUGCAAUAUGUCGGCUGCAAAGCUCAAAGGAGAGCAUAAUGGAACCGUGUUUAUGAACUGGACCGUUGCCGUGGAGAGCCAUGUGGACUCGUCCUUCUUCUGGGGCUAUCUGGUGACGCAGAUUCCAGGCGGCUUCAUUGCCUCCAAGUUCCCGGCCAACAAGAUAUUCGGCCUGUCCAUCGUCAGCUCCGCCACGUUGCAUCUGUUCGUGCCGUUCGCCAUGACGCUGAUGCACGGUCAUGUGGUGAUUUGUGUGCGCGUGCUGCAAGGACUCUUCGAGGGCGUUACGUAUCCGGCUUGCCAUGGCAUCUGGCGCUUCUGGGCACCGCCCAUGGAACGUUCCCGACUAGCCACCUUGGCCUUUUCCGGCUCCUACGCCGGCGUGGUGGUGGGACUGCCCCUCUCCGGACUCCUGGCGGAUGCCGUCGGCUAUCAGGCGCCAUUCUAUGCCUACGGAGUGUUUGGCAUCAUUUGGUAUAUGUUCUGGAUUUGGUUGUGCUUCGAGAACCCGCGCAAGCAUCCGGCAAUUAGCAUUCCCGAGCUCAAGUACAUUGAGAAGUCGCUGGGAGAGUCCGCUCAUCCCACGAUGCCGUCACUGAAGACAACACCCUGGCGGGAGAUGAUGCGUUCCAUGCCGGUGUACGCCAUCAUUGUGGCCAACUUCUGCCGUUCCUGGAACUUCUAUCUGCUAGUGCUAUUCCAGUCAUCGUUCCUCAAGCACAAGUUCGGCUUCAAGGUGGAGGAGGCCGGCUUCGUGGGGUCGCUGCCCCAUUUGAUAAUGACGACGAUAGUGCCCUUCGGUGGCAUGCUGGCGGAUCAUCUACGCAAGAACGGAAUCCUCUCCACUACGAAUGUGAGGAAGUUGUUCAACUGCGGCGGCUUUGGCAUGGAGGGUCUGUUUUUCCUUUUUGUGGCACAUUCCUCAACGGCGACGGGUGCAAUGUUUGCCCUGACCUGUGGCGUGGCCUUCAGUGGCUUUGCCAUUUCCGGCUACAACGUCAAUCACCUGGAUAUUGCUCCUCGGUAUGCCAGUAUUUUGAUGGGUCUCUCUAACGGCAUUGGCACCUUGGCUGGAAUCAUAGUUCCCUACGCUCUAGAUGGUCUUAUCCAAGCUAAUCCCACCGGCUGCUGGACCACCGUCUUCACCUUGGCCGCCUGUGUUCAUUUGAUUGGCUGCACUUUCUACGGAAUCUUUGCUUCCGGAGAGUUGCAGCCUUGGGCGGAGCCGCCUCCGGAGGAGCAACAGGUGUGGGCACCACCGGCGGGAGCCAUUACCAACACCGAUCCCAGCCAGGCUGGCAUGGUGGGCAACUACAUGAAGGAGACUUCAUUUGGGGCACCCGAGUACAAUGAACAGAGCCAAAUGCAGCAACCGGGUGCCAUUAGCUAUGGCGCCACUGGACACGUGGCCAACAAUCCCUUCGCCAUGGCCGCCGCCAGUGCUCCGAUGGUCGAGCAGGAUGCCCCGCCGUCGUACGGGGAGGUGGCCAACACGUAUGGCUACACGCAAGGACAACAGCCGCAGGCGGGUCAGAUGCCGUCCUACGAUCCGCAAUCCUACCAGCAGCAACAACAACAGCAGUAAUGGGUCAUAAAUACAUAUAUCAUAGCUUUUAGUUGUAGUUGAAAUUGUUUGACGUUUAUUGUUUGUUCUUGGUGUGUCGUUAAAGUUCACCUCCUCGUUCACUCUCACCCACCCAUGCACCCUUCCCUCCUACAGGUCCACUCUCUCUCUAUAGCUGAAAGGAUACUAUGACCUUUUCAUAAAAAUAGAUAAAACCAUAACUGAAACAAAAGAGUAUAAUGCUCUAUCGAAUUUUCAGCGAAGAAACUCAACACGCCACACUAACACAAUGAAACUAUGUACCUAACAGAGAAACUACAUAUGUAUCCGCAUGUUAGUCCGCAUUUAGCACACACACACCCACACACAUACAGAUAGAGAAACUGGCCUAAAUCAUAUACUAAUCAUUUAAGCCAUGGCUAAUGCGAAUUUCUAUUUACAAGCUCAAAUAAAUAAAACAAAUUGCAAAGCAAUAGGAAGAUCACAAGAAAGGGAAUUAACUGGAAUAUGAAAUAAUUGUAUAUCACAAACCACAUAAUCCAGAUACGCACCACGUUUCCAAAAUGAAAACUAUAAUUAUAUUUGAAUCAACAUAUACUCGUACGUAUAUAAAAUAUAUACCGAAAUAUACAUACACAUAUAUAUAAAUAUAUAUAUUUAGCUAACUAAUAAUAAUUGUUGUUAACUAUUAACUACGAAGUGGCCAGUGGCCAGUGGCCAGGAAGGGCAAACUGUUUUAUUACCGUUGACGAUAUUAUAUCCUUUGCGCAAGGAUCGGCCGCAACUGGCUGAUAUUUCCGAGCGAGAGAACAUUUUAAUCAAAUCUAAGCAAUUGUUGAUGUUCGGCACGAAUGAUAACCAUAAAAGCGAAACUAGCUAAUCGAGUAUACCUAAAAGUAUUCUACAAAUAACUUAUCUUCAGUUAAACGACGAAAGCAUUAAGGCAGAAAUCAAUACAAUAGGUAGAUAGUGGUAGGAGCCUAUAACCUCAGACUUGGUCUUCAUACGAAACAGGAUUCACUUUAUAACUCUACUUCCCCUUAAUCCUAUUUUCAGUUACAGGGUUUGAAAUUUUCCAUAUUAUAAUUUCCAAAAUGUGAAUCCAAUAAAUAACUAAAUAUUAUAUUACCAAUUAAAAGUAUUUAAAGUACUUAGUGGAUUGUAUUGUACAUAAAUUUAGCAAAUUUGUAGUUAAACUUUUUCAGUUUUUAUUUCAGUUAUGCACUAAAAUUCAGUUUAAGAGCACAAAUUUCACUUUUAAAUCGCACCCUUGACUCUUAUUUCGUUUAAUUUUAUAAAAUGCACUAUUAACUAUUAUUUUUUUAGUUUUCUCCACAAUAUGCAUUACAUUACUGCCAAAUAUGAACUUUAUAGUGUUCUUUUGAACAUAAAACUCUUCAAACUUAUUUGUAUCGUGUGUACAUUAUCCUAAAAGUAUUAAACUAGAUAAAAUUAUGAAUAACUACUUAAAGAUAACUCAAAUUAUUCACAAUUAAAUCACUAUGUAUUAAAAGUGUGAAAAUUUUCUAACUAAAAGAGUCAAUUCUUACCCGUAAUUUGUACAGAGCAGCGAAUAAAUACUCAAACAAAUAUUCAUACUCAUAGCUACUUUAAAAUAGCGCUUAUAUAUUCAAAUUUUAACAGAUGGUAUCGUAGGCGGAGAUCCCUUGGAAAAGCCUUCCAGUUGCAUUUUCCCUAUGAUACAUGUUAGCAAUAAUACUGCUUGUGAAAGCGACAAUACCUAAUUAUUAAGCUUAGUUAAUAAAAACUAUAUAUACUUAAUUAAUGUUUAUUUACAUUCAAGUCAUAUUGUUUCGAUUAUAGGCGAAAGUUUUGAGAGCUUCUAGAGAGCUGUAGAAGCAGAAUUAUGUAUUUGGGCCACGGGGCGUAUGUGUAAUAUUAGUCUAGUUCAAACUCCAUUCUGUACAUAAGGUCAUAGCAACUACUUAUCUAUAUGUGUACUUUUAAAAUCGAAAGGAUGUUUAGAGUUGAUUUCCGUUUUCGUUUUUGAGAGAUACUCGAAGCUCUCGGGGCUGUGUGGACAAUAAUAACAUUAGAUAUGUUAACCCAAAAGCCACGGUUAAAACACUUGCUUGCUAAUAUAUUAUAUAAUACUCUCACACUAUUUACCAUAAAAGGAAAGUUUGUAAAUAAGAAUAUAUUUAUGUAACUCGUAGCCGAAUGCCAUCAGUAAAUGCUUUUGUGAGUAACUUAAGUGUACAUAAAGUGAAACAAAAAUGAAAUGAAAGCCAACCACUAUAUGAGCAUAAUAAAGUUAAACUAUAAACGACAACUACUCCCAAUCUAGCGUAUUUUAGCCGAACUAUAAUAAUGUUAACAACGCCGAGCAAGAGCAAGCCAUUCAAAUAACAGCAUAUACUUUCAUUGAAACAGAAUAUUAGGCGCACAAGUACAUUAUACACCGGACAAAUAUACACAACCCGUAUGAAUAAGAUAUAUGCGUUCGAUCCAUUCAACCCAAUGUCUUCGGCCAGCCGUAGGGAUAUACUUUACCCGUAAUAUAUACAAAAUUAAUCGUUUAAACUUUAAACUGUGUAAAUAUUUAGAAACAAAAUACAUUCUUUGUGUUUACCGAGAGAGUACUGUAUACAAAUUAUUAAAUAUUAAAUCAAAAUUAAAUAUAUGAGGUCCCUUUUCUGGCAACACCCGCCCAUGUUGUAUAAUUUGAAUGGUAGUUAACCUUAAUUAUAAUAUAUACGUAUAUAUUUCAGUGUGCUCAUUACAAAACCAAAAAUAUACUCGGAAAAAACAAAUACGAAAGACUCCAGUUCAAUAGACAGCAAUUUAUUUACCGAUAUACAUAAUUAACUAUUUAAUUGGCAAUAAAUAAAAAUCAUAUUCGUUGAAAAAUUUGGAAGAUGAUGUUACUUACAAGGGUUCUAUUCCCGAAAUGCCUAUAAAAAAUCCCAUAUUUAAAGAACAUGAAAAGCAGCAACAAAAUUAUAACUAAACAAAUGUAUUUGGAAUUCAAUAAAACGAACAUGUUAAAAAUUAA